AAAAUACCCAACCGAACAAACAGCAUAAACCCCUUCUCCCCUUUUUGUUGUUCUUCUUCUUCCCCAAAAAGCGCGCACUCACAGAAACCAGGAAGGAAGACAGAGUUUUUGCAGUUAAAGGGAAAAAAUGGGUGGCAGAAAUAGGUCCCGAACUCAGAGGAAGCACUUCAAGCAGAACAGGGACAACGUAUGGAAACGCCCAAAACCUGAUUCUGAACAGAACCAGCAAGAUAACUACACUGCCACUGAGGAGAAUGGUAACCCGAAGCAAUCUUGGGAGCCUCUUGUCUUCCAAAAUCCCGCCUUUGAAGAGUAUUACAAGGAGCAAGGCAUUGUGGCACCUGAGGAAUGGGAUACUUUUAUCAACUGUUUGAGGAGUGCAUUGCCUGCUGCUUUCAGGAUUAACUCCAGUACCCCUUUCUAUAAGGAUAUUCGGAUGCAGCUGGAGAGUGAUUUUAUGAAAUCACUUCAGGCAGAGGGCUCUGAUGGAAAUGAGAGGGAGGCAAUCAGACCAUUGCCUUGGUAUCCCAAUAAUCUUGCUUGGCACUCAGAGUUUUCAAGAAAGCAGCUCCGAAAGAACCAAACUCUUGAGAGGUUCCAUGGGUUCUUAAAGCUGCAGAAUGAAAUUGGAAACAUUACAAGGCAAGAAGCAGUGAGCAUGGUUCCUCCGCUAUUUCUGGAUGUGCGCCCAGACCAUUUUGUUCUUGAUAUGUGUGCCGCUCCAGGGUCAAAAACAUUUCAGUUACUUGAGAUGAUUCAUCAGCUAACAGAAUCGUCAUCUUUACCAGCCGGAAUGGUGGUGGCCAAUGAUGUGGACAUCCAAAGAUGCAAUCUUCUUAUCCACCAGACAAAGAGAAUGUGCACCGCUAACUUGAUAGUCACAACUCAUGAAGCUCAACAUUUCCCAGGCUGUCAGAGCAGGAGUAUAAAUGCUUCUGAUGCAGGAAACGUGAAGAAACCUGAUAUCAGUCAACUUUUAUUUGAUCGUGUCUUGUGCGAUGUUCCUUGUAGCGGUGAUGGUACUCUACGCAAGGCCCCUGAUAUAUGGAGGAAAUGGAAUCCUGGUAUGGGCAACGGUCUCCAUGGUUUACAGAUCCAAAUUGCAAUGCGAGGUUUAGCUUUACUUAAGGUUGGUGGGAGGAUGGUUUAUUCCACAUGUUCAAUGAAUCCAAUUGAAAAUGAAGCUGUGGUUGCUGAGAUUUUGCGUAGAUGUAAAGGAGCAGUUGAACUUGUUGAUGUCUCAACUGAGCUUCCAAUGCUUGUUCGCAGGCCAGGGUUGAAAAAAUGGAAGGUUCGGGACAAAGGGUCAUGGUUUAGUUCUUACAAAGACGUCCCUGAGAAUCGCAGGGCUGCAUUUGUUCCUUGCAUGUUCCCUUCUGGGAGAACCUUUCAGGAAACUUCUGAGCAGGAUCACAGCGUUGACACUAGUCCUGAAAAUUAUGAAAAUGGGAUUCAGUCGGAGGAUGAUCAUGACGAGGAAGUUUCAACUCUGCCUUUGGACCGUUGCAUGAGGAUAGUGCCUCAUGAUCAGAACACUGGAGCCUUCUUUAUCGCUGUGCUUCAUAAGCAUUCUGCUUUGCCAGCUGUUGAAAGUAAAUCCACCAAGCGCACGCAACAGUCCAGCUCCAUGCAAGUCCAGAAGGAAACAGGGGUUGCAAUAGAGGAUAAAACUAUUGCUGACAUAGAUGUGGAUGCCGUCAUAGAUGAUCAGGUUUCUGGAGCUGACAUUUCAGUUCCUGCUGCACCUUCUGGCGGCAGUUUACAGGAUGGCGAUGCAGCUGAAGCUAGUUUAGAUUCUGACCCUAGUGUAGCAUCUGGAAAGAAUGCAGCCGAGGGUAUGAAUCCAUCUAACACAAAUAAAUCUACUCCUGAAACUGUUGGAGAAAAGAGGAAGCUACCAACUCAAGGCAGGUGGGUUGGGCUUGACCCUGUCCUCUUUUAUAAAGAGGAAACAGUUAUAUCGAGGAUAAAAGAAUUUUAUGGCAUUAAGGAUUCCUUUCCCUUCCUUGGUCAUCUGGUUACUAGAAACAGUGACACAAGUCAUGUGAAGAGAAUCUACUAUGUGUCUAAUGCAGUAAAAGAAGUCCUUGGACUAAAUUUUCUUGCUGGUCAGCAGCUAAAAAUAGCUUCUGUGGGGCUCAAGAUGUUUGAAAGGCAAACAUCAAAAGAAGGCACAUCCUCACCUUGUUCAUUCAGGAUAUCAUCAGAAGGGCUGCCCUUGAUUCUCCCUUACAUAACAAAACAGAUUCUAUAUGCAUCCCCUGUAGACUUCAACCAUCUUCUGCAGUAUAAAAGUAUAAAAUUUGCCGAUUUUACUGACGCUGAAUUCAGAAACAAGGCAUCAGAACUAUCUUUGGGCUGCUGCAUUGUGGUUUUGAACAAAGGUAAACUUUUAGCAUGCAUGAUGUUUCUGCAGAUAAUUUUUGAGUGCUUGUCAUAUUUUCUCCACUUGAUGCAGAAAAUCAGGCACCGCCAGAUCAUCACCAAGUGGAUUCAGAUGCAGUUGCCAUCGGCUGCUGGAGGGGUAAAAAUAGUGUAUCUGUUAUGGUAACUGCUAUUGACUGCCAGGAAAUGUUAGAAAGACUCUCAAUCAACUCAGCGAAAGAAAGCUCUCCUUUGCUGUCUGUUGAGGCAGUUGAUGAAGCAUUGGAGACUCUGACUAACUACACUGAAACUGAAGAAGCAACUCCAAUGGUGUAACACCUAGUCAGCUAUCAAUUUUGUUAGGAAUGUGAUACAAAUUUGUUGUAUGGUUAAGAUAUACUACAUUACUUUCCACCACCACCUGCAGUUUUUCUGUGUUAAACAGAGCAUUCUUAUACCCGUUGGUAUUGUGAUCAACAGAUAGAAUUCAUACAUCGGUAUAUCAAUUUUUGUUUUAAAAAAAUUAUUAUCUGAGCUUGUACCAAUUACCAUAUGCUAGACAUUCUCGUGGCCCUAGAGUUGAAAUUUAUUAAUUAAAUGUGUUCGUUUCCUUUU